AUGUCUUCGUCACACAACUGGCCCUCGCAGCCCCUUCUUAACGUCGACGUGUUCAAAGCGGCCGGUGCAAACGCCAACACCCGAUCCAACGCCCUCGCGCUCUCCGACAAUGCGUACCAGCGUGCGGAGCUUAUCUGGAAGACUUGGGGUCUCACUUUUGAGGACAUCGUCAACCUCAGCCCCAAGUUCUGGAAGAUCCACAAUGAUCCCAUCGCCUGGCACGAUGGUUCCUCCAUCACCAUCAUGACAAUCCAUCUCAAUCUUGCCGUGGGUACCAUUGGUACCUAUGCUGCGGAUCGUCCCGAGUUGCAGGCUCUAUGCAAGGAUAUGAUGGAUUGCAAGGCUAUUGGUCAAUUCCUUCUCACUGAAGCCGGUCAUGGUUUGGACGCGACGAACCUCGAGACGACUGCUACUCUUCAAUCCGACGGUACUUUCAUCCUCAAUUCGCCCAACCGGGCUGCCUCGAAGUAUAUGCCCCCGACUGUCCCGGUUCUUGGUAAACCCUGCUAUGCCGUCGUCUGGUCCCAGCUCGUCGUCGGUGGUGAGAAGCGCGGUAUCAGGCCAUUUGUCGUCCAGCUUAACGACGGUGUUCAUAUGUGCAAGGGUAUCACUGCCAAACUGAUCCCUACCCGACAUGGUGCAACCCCGGUCAACCAUGCUAUCACCCACUUCACCCAGGUCCGCCUCCCGGAGUGGUCUCUCCUCGGACCCGUUGGGGACAAGCCUUCGACUCACGAUGAUUUCCUCGUUGCUAUCUGGCGUAUCUCUGUUGGCACUCUCGCUCUGGCUUCGCUCGCCCUCCCGGCUACGCAGAUUGCAGCCCACAUCGCAUACAAGUAUUCUCUCCGUCGCAAAGUCGGUAUCCCUGCCCAGCCUAUUAUCGGCUUCCGGACCCAACAGAUUCCCAUCUUCACUGCAGUCGCGCAGACAUAUGUCAUUGAGGCGUGGACGAAGCAUGCGAUUAGACACUUUAUGGAUCCCGCUGCCGACCGUCACGCAAGGCAUGCGAUUACGACCAUCUACAAAGCGGUGGUUAUGGAGCAUGCGCAGACGGCACACUUCAACCUUUCGGAGAGGUUGGGUGCUCAAGGAUUGUUUGACUAUAACCAGAUUGUGACUCAGUUUGCUGAGAUGAGGGGUAUUGUCAUUGCUGAGGGCGAUGUUCUUGUCCUAGCUAUCCGUCUCGCCUCGGAGCUCCUUCAAGGCAAAUACUCUGUUCCUGCUCCUCUCUACCCCAACAGUCUCCUCGCCCAGCAUGAAAAAGGUGUCUUCGAAGAAGCCCGGGCUCUCGCCAAGAAAUACGGGCCCCGGUCGAAGCAAUACGCCGACUACAUACUCCCUCGCUCCAAAGACCUUGUCGAAGCCAUUGGUUACCGGAUGGCACAUGAAAGUGCAUUGAAGGAUGUCGGUUGGUACCUCGAGUCAGGUCUCCUUACUCGUGCUAGGAUCGCAGAUAUGCAGAACGCGGCGAUGACGAGUGCUGUGGGAAACAUGGAAGAGUGGGUCGACGGGAUGGGUGUUGCGAAGUGGGUGAAAGCGCCGAUUCUGACUGAGAAGGGCUGGGAUGAUUUCGUGGAUUCGAUGUACACUUUCAGGGAGGCUCCGGAGGAGAUGGCGCUUUUGUAA